UUUCCAGGGCCCCGACGCGGAAGUGUGCGGCGGGCUGGUGCGCGGGGUCCGCAGACUGAGGCGCCGGAGACGACGCCUCAAGCUCCUGGCUUCUCCUGUUCUUCGUCUUUCUUCUCGACUUCAGCCGCAUCCGCCGCUGCGGCGCCUGCCCCGGCCGACAUGGCGGCCGUGUUGCAGCAAGUCUUGGAGCGCACGGAACUGAACAAGCUGCCCAAGUCCGUCCAGAACAAACUUGAAAAGUUCCUUGCUGAUCAGCAGUCCGAAAUAGAUGGCCUUAAGGGGCGGCACGAAAAAUUUAAAGUGGAGAGCGAACAACAGUACUUUGAGAUAGAGAAGAGACUAUCUCAUAGUCAAGAGAGACUUGUGAAUGAAACCCGAGAGUGCCAGAACUUGAGACUAGAACUAGAAAAGCUCAAUAAUCAGCUGAAGGCACUAAGUGAGAAAAACAAAGAACUUGAAAUUGCUCAUGAUCGCAGUCAUGCUGCUCAGAGCCAGUUUACAAGAACAAAAGAAGAAUUAGAAGCUGAGAAAAGAGACUUAAUUAGAACUAAUGAAAGGCUGUCUCAAGAACUUGAGUAUUUAACAGAGGAUGUUAAAUGUCUGAAUGAAAAGCUUAAAGACAGUACUUCAACAAAGGGUGAACUUCAGUUAAAAUUAGAUGAACUUCAAGCUUCUGAUGUUUCUGUGAAGUAUCGUGAAAAACGUUUGGAGCAAGAAAAAGAAUUACUACAUAAUCAGAAUACAUGGCUGAAUACAGAGUUAAAAACCAAAACUGAUGAACUUCUGGCUCUUGGAAGAGAAAAAGGAAAUGAGAUUCUAGAACUUAAAUGCAAUCUUGAAAAUAAAAAAGAAGAGGUUGCUAGAAUGGAAGAACAAAUGAAUGGUUUGAAAACGUCAAAUGAGCAUCUUCAAAAGCAUGUGGAGGAUCUGUUGACUAAACUGAAAGAGGCCAAAGAACAACAGGCCAGCAUGGAAGAGAAAUUCCACAAUGAAUUGAAUGCUCACAUAAAACUUUCUAACCUUUACAAGAGUGCUGCUGAUGAUUCAGAAGCAAAGAGCAAUGAAUUGACCCGGGCAGUAGAUGAACUACAUAAACUUUUGAAAGAAGCUGGAGAAGCCAACAAAGCUAUUCAGGAUCAUCUUCUAGAAGUGGAAGGAUCUAAAGAUCAAAUGGAAAAAGAAAUGCUUGAGAAAAUAGGGAAACUGGAAAAGGAACUAGAAAAUGCAAAUGACCUACUUUCUGCCACAAAACGUAAAGGAGCCAUUUUAUCGGAAGAAGAGCUUGCAGCCAUGUCUCCUACUGCAGCAGCUGUCGCUAAGAUAGUGAAACCUGGCAUGAAAUUCACUGAGCUAUAUAAUGCUUAUAUGGAAACACAAGAUCAGUUACUUUUGGAGAAACUAGAGAACAAAAGAAUUAAUAAAUAUUUAGAUGAAAUAGUGAAAGAAGUUGAAGCCAAAGCACCAAUUUUGAAACGCCAGCGUGAAGAAUAUGAACGUGCACAGAAAGCGGUGGCAAGUUUAUCUGCUAAACUUGAACAAGCAAUGAAGGAAAUUCAGCGGUUACGGGAGGACACAGAUAAAGCAAACAAAGACACUUCUGUACUUGAAAAAGACAAUCAAAGAAUGAAAAUACAAAUAAAAGAUCUUUCACAACAGAUUAGAGUGCUUUUGAUGGAACUUGAAGAAGCAAGGGGUAACCAUGUAAUUCGUGAUGAGGAAGUAAGCUCUGCUGAUAUAAGUAGUUCAUCUGAAGUCAUAUCACAGCAUCUGGUAUCUUAUAGAAAUAUUGAGGAGCUGCAAGAACAAAAUCAGCGACUCUUAGUGGCUCUUAGAGAACUUGGACAAACAAGAGAAAGAGAAGAACAAGAAACAACUUCAUCUAAGAUCACUGAACUUCAACUCAAACUUGAAAGCUCUCUCACUGAAUUGGAACAACUCCGUGAGUCACGUAAACAUCAGAUGCAGCUUGUUGAUUCUAUAGUUCGUCAGCGUGAUAUGUACCGUAUUUUGUUGUCACAAACAACAGGAGUUGUUAUUCCAUUACAAGCUUCAAAUUCAGAUGAUACCUCUCUUACAUCAACUGCAAAACGUACAAGUACAUCCCAGUCUGUUUCCACUCCUACACCAGUACCUGUUACUGAGUCCACAGAAGCUAUAGAAGCUAAGGCGGCCCUUAAACAGUUACAGGAAAUUUUCGAGAACUUCAAAAAGGAAAAAGCAGAUAAUGAAAAGAUACAAAAUGAGCAACUUGAGAAGCUUCAAGAGCAAGUAACAGAUUUGCGAUCACAAAAUACCAAAAUCUCUACCCAACUAGAUUUUGCUUCUAAACGCUAUGAAAUGCUACAAGAUAAUGUUGAAGGAUACCGCCGAGAAAUAACGUCCCUACAUGAGAGAAAUCAGAAACUUACUGCAACAACUCAAAAACAGGAGCAGAUCAUCAAUACUAUGACUCAGGAUUUGAGAGGAGCAAAUGAAAAACUAGCUGUUGCAGAAGUAAGAGCAGAAAAUUUGAAGAAAGAAAAAGAAAUGCUUAAAUUGUCAGAAGUUCGUCUUUCUCAACAGAGAGAGUCAUUGUUAGCUGAACAAAGAGGACAAAACUUACUGCUCACUAAUCUGCAAACGAUUCAGGGAAUACUAGAGCGAUCUGAAACAGAAACGAAACAAAGGCUUAGUAACCAGAUAGAAAAACUGGAAAAUGAGAUAGCUCAUCUAAAGAAGAAACUGGAAAAUGAGGUGGAGCAAAGGCAUACGCUUACUAGAAAUCUAGAUGUUCAACUUUUGGAUACAAAAAGACAACUAGAUACUGAGGUAAAUCUUCAUCUUAAUACAAAAGAACUUCUUAAAAAUGGCCAAAAAGAAAUUGCUACAUUGAAACUGCACCUUAGUAGUUUGGAAGGCCAACUUGCUUCUCAAUCUUCACAAAAAACUGGGAAAGCUCAGCCUAAUGACAAAGAAGAUGUUGAUGACCUUCGGAGUCAGCUAAGGCAAGCAGAAGAGCUGGUGAAUGAUUUGAAGGAGAGACUCAGAACAAGUACUAGUAAUGUGGAACAGUAUCGAGCAAUGGUCACUAGUUUAGAAGAAUCUCUCAACAAGGAAAAACAGGUGACAGAAGAAGUACAUAAGAAUAUUGAAGUUCGUUUGAAAGAGUCAGCUGAAUUUCAGACACAAUUGGAAAAGAAAUUGAUGGAAGUAGAGAAGGAAAAGCAAGAACUUCAGGACGACAAGAGAAAAGCCAUAGAGAGCAUGGAACAACAGUUAUCUGAGUUAAAGAAAACACUUUCUAGUGUUCAGAAUGAAGUACAAGAGGCACUUCAGAGGGCGAGUACAGCUUUGAGUAAUGAACAGCAAGCCAGACGUGACUGUCAGGAACAAGCUAAAAUAGCGGUAGAAGCUCAGAAUAAGUAUGAAAGAGAAUUGAUGCUGCAUGCUGCUGAUGUUGAAGCUCUUCAAGCUGCCAAGGAACAGGUUUCAAAAAUGUCAUCAGUUCGUCAACAUUUGGAAGAAACAACUCAGAAGGCAGAGUCACAGUUGUUGGAGUGUAAAGCAUCAUGGGAGGAGAGAGAGAGAGUGUUAAAAGAUGAAGUUUCCAAGUGUGUGUCUCGCUGUGAAGAUCUAGAGAAACAAAAUAGAUUACUUCAUGAUCAGAUUGAAAAGUUAAGUGACAAGGUAGUUGCCUCUAUGAAGGAAGGUGUACAAGGUCAAUUGAAUGUAUCUCUGAGUGAAGAAGGAAAAUCUCAAGAACAAAUACUAGAAAUUCUCAGAUUUAUACGACGAGAAAAAGAAAUUGCUGAAACUAGAUUUGAAGUGGCUCAAGUUGAGAGUCUGCGUUAUCGACAGAGGGUUGAACUUUUAGAAAGAGAGCUUCAAGAGCUUCAGGAUAGCCUAAAUGCUGAAAGGGAAAAAGUCCAGGUAACUGCGAAAACCAUGGCCCAGCAUGAAGAAUUGAUGAAGAAAACAGAAACAAUGAAUGUAGUUAUGGAGACCAAUAAAAUGUUAAGGGAAGAAAAGGAAAGGCUUGAACAGGAUCUGCAGCAAAUGCAGGCUAAGGUGAGGAAACUCGAGUUAGAUAUCUUACCAUUACAAGAAGCAAACGCUGAACUGAGUGAGAAAAGCGGUAUGCUUCAGGCAGAGAAGAAAUUAUUAGAGGAAGAUGUCAAACGUUGGAAAGCACGUAACCAGCAUCUAGUAAACCAACAGAAAGAUCCAGAUACAGAAGAAUAUCGGAAACUCCUUUCUGAAAAGGAAGUUCACACCAAGCGUAUUCAGCAGUUGACAGAAGAAAUAGGAAAAUUGAAAGCUGAAAUUGCAAGGUCAAAUGCAACUUUAACAAACAACCAGAACUUAAUCCAGAGUCUAAGGGAAGAUUUAAAUAAAAUAAGAACUGAAAAGGAAAACAUUCAGAAGGAGUUGGAUGCCAAAAUUGUUGAUAUCCAAGAGAAAGUAAAAACUAUUACACAAGUCAAGAAAAUUGGACGUAGAUACAAGACUCAGUAUGAAGAACUUAAAGCACAACAGGAUAAGCAUUUAAGAGUUGCUAGCACAUCAGAGCCACCAACAGCCAAUAUCAAGCCAACUCCUGUUGUGUCUACUCCGAGUAAGGUGACAGCUGCAGCUAUGGCUGGAAACAAGGCUACACCCAGGGCUAGUAUCCGCCCAAUGGUUACACCUGCAAACCCCACUACCACUCCAACUGCUACAGUAAUGCCCACUACACAAGUGGAAUCGCAAGAAGCUAUGCAGUCAGAAGGACCUGUGGAACAUGUUCCUGUUUUUGGAAGCACAAGUGGAUCUGUUCGUUCAACUAGUCCUAAUAUCCAGCCUUCUCUCUCUCAACCUAUUUUAACUGUUCAGCAGCAAACACAGGCAACAGCUUUUGUGCAACCCACUCAACAGAGUCAUCCUCAGAUUGAACCUGCAAAUCAAGAAGUAUCCCCAAACAUAGUAGAGGUUGUUCAGAGUUCACCAAUUGAACGACCUUCUACUUCCACUGCUGUGUUUGGCACUGUUUCAGCUACUCCAAGUUCUUCUUUGCCAAAGCGUACACGUGAAGAAGAAGAAGAUAGCACCAUAGAAGCAUCAGACCAAGUAUCCGAUGAUACAGUGGAAAUGCCUGUUCCAAAGAAAUUGAAAAGUAUUACACCCGUAGGAACUGAGGAAGAAGUUAUGGCAGAGGAAAGUACUGAUGGAGAGGUAGAGACUCAAGUAUACAACCAGGAUUCACAAGAUUCUAUUGGAGAAGGUGUCACCCAAGGGGAUUACACUCCUAUGGAAGACAGUGAGGAAACCUCGCAGUCCCUUCAAAUAGAUCUUGGACCCCUUCAGUCAGAUCAGCAAACAACUUCUUCCCAAGAUGGUCAAGGUAAAGGAGAUGAUGUCAUUGUUAUUGACAGUGAUGAUGAAGAAGAAGAAGAUGAUGAAAAUGAUGGAGAACAUGAGGAUUAUGAGGAAGAUGAGGAAGAUGAUGAUGAUGAAGAUGACACAGGAAUGGGAGACGAGGGUGAAGAUAGUAAUGAGGGAACUGGUAGUGCUGAUGGCAAUGAUGGAUAUGAAGCUGAUGAUGCUGAGGGUGGUGAUGGGACUGAUCCUGGUACAGAAACAGAAGAAAGUAUGGGUGGAACUGAAAGUAAUCAGAGAGCUGCUGAUUCACAGAAUAGUGGUGAAGGGAAUACAGGUACUGCAGAGUCAUCUUUUUCCCAAGAGAUUCCUAGAGAACAGCAACCAUCAUCAGCGUCAGAAAGACACACUCCUCGGGCACCUCAGUCACCAAGACGUCCACCACAUCCACUUCCCCCACGACUGACCAUUCAUGCUCCACCUCAAGAAUUGGGACCACCAGUUCAGAGAAUUCAGAUGACCCGGAGGCAAUCUGUAGGACGUGGGCUUCAGUUGACUCCAGGAAUAGGUGGCAUGCAGCAGCAUUUUUUUGAUGAUGAAGAUCGAACAGUUCCAAGUACCCCAACUCUUGUGGUGCCUCAUCGUACUGAUGGGUUUGCUGAAGCAAUUCAUUCCCCACAGGUUGCUGGUGUUCCAAGAUUCCGCUUUGGGCCACCUGAAGAUAUGCCACAAACCAGUUCUAGUCACUCUGAUCUUGGUCAGCUUGCUUCUCAAGGAGGUUUAGGAAUGUAUGAAACACCCCUCUUUUUAGCUCAUGAAGAAGAGUCUGGUGGUCGAAGUGUUCCCACUACUCCUCUACAAGUUGCAGCCCCAGUGACUGUGUUUACUGAGAGUGCCACUUCUGAUGCUUCAGAGCAUGCCUCCCAGUCUGUCCCAAUGGUAACAACAUCCACUGGCACUUUAUCCACAACAAAUGAAACGGCAGCAGGUGAUGACGGAGAUGAAGUAUUUGUUGAGGCAGAAUCUGAAGGUAUUAGUUCAGAGGCAGGCCUAGAAAUUGAUAGCCAGCAAGAAGAAGAACCUGUUCAGGCAUCUGAUGAAUCGGAUCUUCCUUCUACCAGCCAGGAUCCUCCAUCCAGCUCUUCUGUAGAUACUAGUAGUAGUCAGCCAAAGCCUUUCAGACGAGUAAGACUUCAGACAACAUUGAGACAGGGUGUCCGUGGUCGUCACUUUAACAGACAGAGAGGAAUGAGCCAUACAAUGGGAGGGAGAGGAGGACUAAAUAGAGGAAAUAUUAAUUAA